AUGGUAGCCACGGAUGUGUACAUGGAGGUAGUGAGCUUUUUCUGCGUUGCUGAGCUCCCUCGAAGUAUCAUGGCUACGUCAAUUGUUCUACUGCCAAAGGAGUUACUAACAGAUGUCAAGAAGACAAAUCGAGGUGGUAAUGUAGUGAUUAAGUUAGACAUGAUGAAAGCGCACGAUAAAGUCUCAUGUGAUUUGAGAUCUUCUCUAAAAUUGAUUAAAAGGGUACUGGAGGAAUAUAGUGUUGCAUCGGGCCAGUGGAUCAAUCCCCAAAAAAGCUGCUUCUUGACUCAUCCGCGGUUUCCAUCACCGAGGGCAGUAUUGAUUGGACAGGCACUUGGGUUUCCAAAGCGAGCUUUCCCGAUACAAUACGUAGGAUGUCUAUUGUACGUAGGAAGGCGAAAAAAUGUUUACUUUGCAGAUAUAUAUAAUGCGGUGGUUGCUCAUAUCCUGUCAUGGAAGAAUCAGGUUUUGUCAGCUGGAGGUAGUGUGGUAUUGAUUAAGAGUGUGUUAUCCUCAAUGUCGAAUCAUUUGCUCGCAGCUUCUCCUCCUCCAAAGGGGAUACUCGUGGCAUUGGAGAAGUUAUUUGCAAAUUUCUUGUGGGGGUCGUCUGAUUUUGGUACUAAAUUCCACUGGAUACGGUGGGAGGAUUUGUGUCGGCCGCAGGAAGAGGGGGUAUUGGUCUGCGCAGUAUUAAGGAGGUCUACAACUCAUUCUCGAUUAAACUUUGGUGGAAAUUUAGACAAUAGCAAUCGCUAUGAGAAGAGUUCAUGUUAA